GCGGCAGUGGCAGAAGGCGCACUGAUCGCAGCACACCGCGUUGGGCGUCUUGCAGCUGCUCCAGAGCGGGACGCAGUUCGGCGGCGGCGGAGGUCUCUUCACAUGGUUGUUGAAUUUCUGAAACACAUACCAAAUGAAGGGAGACAAAGGUGCCAGAGAAGAGCCUGACGCGUGAUGUGUGAAGAAAACAAAGAUCUAACGUUAGGGAGCAUUCAAAAGCGAAACUACCCAUGGUAAUCUUCAGGAGUCGGUGUUGGGAAUUUACAAACUGACCUGUCCUGAUGAUAUUUGAUCCCACUAUGACCAAGAAGAAGAAGAAAAAGAAGAAGCCUUUCAUGCUGGAGGAAGAUGGUGGAGAGGGAGAUGAAGGCCAACAGUUGGAAAUGAAAGAGACAGAGGCUGACGGGGCCGAAGAGAAAGAGUUCGAUCUUGAUGAAGAUGAAGGGAGGAAGAAAGAAACAUCAGAUGACUUGGAUGACUUAAACUUCUUCAACCAGAAGAAAAAGAAAAAGAAGUCCAAAAAAGAGAAGAUUUUUGAUGCCGAGCUUGAAGAAGGAAUGAAGGAGCUGAAGAUCGAAACGGAGCCAUCAGAGACACAAGAGGAAGAUGAUUUAAUGCUGCCCAUGAAGAAGAAGAAAUCAAGAAAAGUCAAAGAUUUUCAAGAGGACACAGACAGUCAAAGCAAAGAUGAUGGUGUGGAAGAUGAAGACAGUAAAAACACAGAUGACAUCACAUUCAGCACACAGACGGGCCCUGCCUGGGCGGGAUCGGAGAGGGAUUACACGUAUGAAGAGCUUUUGAUUAGAGUCUUUAACAUCAUGCGGGAAAAAAAUCCAGACAUGGUGGCAGGAGAGAAGAGAAAGUUUGUGAUGAAGCCUCCUCAGGUUGUCAGGGUCGGCACAAAGAAGACCUCCUUCGUAAACUUCACAGACAUCUGCAAACUGUUGCAUCGACAACCAAAACAUCUUUUGGCUUUUUUGCUGGCUGAGUUGGGCACAAGCGGAUCCAUAGAUGGAAACAAUCAGCUCGUCAUCAAAGGCAGAUUCCAGCAGAAACAGAUAGAGAAUGUCUUAAGAAGAUAUAUAAAGGAGUAUGUGACGUGCCACACAUGUCGGUCUCCUGACACAAUCUUGCAGAAGGACACGCGUCUGUAUUUCCUGCAGUGCGAGACGUGUCACUCCCGCUGCUCCGUCGCCAGCAUCAAGACCGGAUUCCAGGCCGUGACGGGCAAGAGAGCGCAGCUGCGUGCCAAAGCCAACUAACGCCUGUCCCUCCUCCAUCACACACCUUACACACCUCCACCACCAAACUCAACAAAUCCACUCGCGCAGGUUUGUUCAGGAAGUUCUUGGCCAUCUCAAAUGCAUCAUUUCAUUUCCUUCAGCUCCUCUGAGCUCUGAAAUGGCCUAUGCCCAGGAAGAGAGUGAUGAUUUGUUCGGUCUGGCCGUGGAGCAGAGAGAGCGCAGAGCCUGGAGGAUUUUAUGAAUGAACUGGUGGUGAAAUUUAUUGUUGCUGUAUUACCUUCAGAAAAACAAUUGAAAUAAAAUGCAUACCAGCUCGGCAAACACGUGCAGCGUAUGUUUCUGGGAAGGCAUAUCGCUAUACAUUUAGAGAGGCUGAAUGUGAUUAAGAAAUGAGCCUGAUAAUUGGCCUGGAAUGUACUGUGGUUUAGUAUAAUAUUUCCGCCGCUUAUGUUUUUCUGUGCUUUAUAAAAAAAAAAGUUGAAUAUAUGUUGAUUGAACAUUUCUUAAAAGAACUGUUUUUAAAUUAAUAAGAAAAAAAGCAGUAGCCAGUUUGUACUUUUCCAUAACUGAAACUAGUUUGUUCAUCCUCUAGAUUUAGUGUUUUUUGAUCUCAUCUCAUAAAGUGUUUAAACAAAUUAGUUUAUAAUUUUGUCCUCUGUAUUAUACAUAUAGUCAUUGUAUAAUAGGCAUUUCAAUCACUGUCAUCUAAAAAUCUUUUUAAAAAAAUAGACUUUGAAGGGAAUUGUUGUAAAUGUAGUUAUUUUUGUGCUCCAUGUUGUAUAACUGUUUGAGGGGGAAAGUCAUUUUGCUGGAAUUUUUUUCUACUAAAACAGUUAUAAGUAUUAUAAUGGCUGUUUUAAUCUUAAAAUGAAAUUACCCAGAACUGAUAAUUACCCUAAAAAAUGUGAAGAAAACUGGCUUUUCUAUAGCGUUUACUGUGCAUCGGUCCAAAUGAAUCCAACCUUUGCCUGUUUAAGCUCCACAGGGCCUCAAAAUCCCACUGACAUAAAUCAAGGAAUGUUAUUCUGACACCCAACAUUCCUGUGUAUUCCUAUACAUGCGAUACUCGAACCCAACACCCUCUUACUGUAAACCACCACACUUCUUUAUGCGACUGCUCAAAGUGUGACAGCUGAACGAGAUAGGAAGCAAAAUCCCGGAGCAAAACACAUUGUUAUGAAGUAAAUAUGAAACACGACACUCGUUCAAUACACUUGAUGUAUUGGUGCAAAGGCCUUUUCUCGUCGUGUUCUGGAGAAAUCACUAGCACCGGUAAAAUGUCUAAAUUGCUUCCUAAUGCAAGUUCUGUAUUAACUGGCAUCUGUUGCGUACGUACCUGGCUAUUCUCAGUGUUUUUGUGUUAAAAGUAGUUCAUACGUGUUUUGGCCGUGAUUAAAGGCAUUACCAGCUCCAGGGACUAGAAGGAGAGUCAUAGCAGCGGCUUCUGGUUAACGUCCUACAUCACUCACUUACGAGGUGACAAGGGGAUGAAUAAUGAGCAGGGUUUCUUGACUGACCCGGACAAGGCUGUCUCUGCUGCAUGGGAGGAAAUGCGUUGGAGUGAUAUAAAAGUAACAUCCGUCUGGCUGCUAUGCACAAAGCUGAAUUUACCACCAUAGCUGAAGCCAAAACAUUUUAGCCGAAUUUUGUUUAUUUGUUGCCAAAUGUUUGAGUUUUGACAUGCUAAACGCCUUAAACUGAUUCAGAAAUUUCUCUCUUGUCAUUAUCUUUAAUUAUAGGGGGCGUUAUGUUUUGCAGCCUGAAUGUCAGAUUCUGUAAAUCAUAUGCAAAACCAGAAUCCCAACCACUGGCUUAUAUCCUUCUUAAGUUAUGUCUUUAUAACUUUAUUUUUUCUCUAAAUUCAGAGGGAAGUUGCAUCAACAGCCAUUGACAGUAUUAAUGCUGUCUUAAAGGGACAGUUCACUCAAGAAUUAAAAAUUCUGUUACAAUUUACUUACCAUGUCAUUCCAAACCUGUAUGACUUUCCUAUGGAAGCCCAUUUCUGUCACUAACUAAACAAAUAAAAUGGGUAAUUGUGACUUUUGA